ACCCUGUGAAUUUUAACAUACGCUUAACAGCACGUAACUCAACAAUACAAAUAAAAACAAUUAAUAUUCUUUAAUCAAACUCCAGUUUGUUACAACUGCACCGUGUAUGUGAUCGACAAAAGAAGUGCGGUAUGGCCGAUGGUGGCCAAAAGUGGAUGCCGGUACCAGAAAACAAAGAGAUUGGCGAGCUGAUUUAAAUGGAAAACUUUGAAAACAACAAUCUGUUGAUAACGAAAAAUGCGAAAUGCCAACUAACAACUGGAUGCCAAGUCAGAAAGUGUAACAGUAAGUUGAAAGUAACCACAACAAAGCCCCAAUAGUAGGAGCUGGUGAUACUCCUGAUUCGAGGCACCAGUUCAGGGAUCGGGGAAUCGAAAACUGAUAGCCAUGAACCACGCUGGCAUUGCCAUGAUGGACAAUCGUUCUCAGGCCUACGUGGUCCAUCAGCCAAUGUUUGAGCUACCGCUAGAGGAAAUGGUACCUCUCUGUAGGCGCUUCUCAGUCGACCUGUGGAAAAACGAACCGCUGGAGUGGGUGGAGCUGAUCUGCUUUCUGCCCAAUGGAUUCCUGCUGGGGCUAACUGUCAGUCCAUCCACCACCAUUCAGGUGAUCAAGGCGGAGAUGGUUAACCAGGCCAAGCAAAUGCCGUUAAGCGAGGUGAUCAAAAAGGCCUGUGAGUACCAGGUCUAUGGCAUCUCAACCUUUAAUAUUGAGCCCUACACAGACGAAACAAAGCGACUCAGCGAGGUGCAACCCUACUUUGGACUGCUCAUCCUGGGCGAUCGCACCGACGCCACUAGCUUUAGCAGCGACUAUGAGCUGACCAAGAUGGUCAGCGGUAUGAUCGGCAACUCUUUUGACCACCAUCGAACGCAAGGGACGCCCGAGAUUGAUGACUUCCGGCUAUACAUGACGCAGAUCUGUGACAAUAUUGAAGUGGAACGCUCCGUCUACACAUGGCAGCAGCGUCUGCUUUACGAGCACCCACUCCGGCUGGCCAACUCGACAAAGAUGCCCGACCUAAUACGGGACCGGCAUCCGACCAGGACCUUCCUCAUCGUGGUAAAGAACGAGAACGACCAGAGCACCUUUACGUUGUCGGUGAACGAGCAGGACACACCCCUUUCUCUCACAGAAAGCACCCUUCAGAAAAUGAACCGGUCGCAGAUGAAGAUGAACGAUCGGACGUCCGAAUACAUACUCAAGGUGAGCGGUCGCGACGAGUACUUGCUCGGCGACUAUCCGUUGAUCCAGUUCCUGUACAUCCAAGAGACACUCUCCGACUCAGCGGUGCCAAAUGUGGUGCUACAGUCAGUGUACCGUAUAGAGUCGUACAUCAACCACCACAACGAACAGGCCUUGGUACCAAAGCGACAAGCACCGAAGAAACAACCAGCCCUGCUGUCUAAGACGCCUUCGUCAAUGUGGGAUAUGGGCAACUACUUCCAGCUAACACUACACAGCAUCUCUAAUGUGAACUAUGACAAGGCGCGCGCCUUCAAAGUGGGCGUCCAUGUCGGCCUAUUCCACGGCGAGCAAAAGUUGUGCUCCCACAAAAUGGCUGACACUCCCAGCAAUUUUGACACGUUCUCUUUUAACGACCUGGUGAUUAGCUUCGAUAUACAGAUGCGCAACCUGCCACGGAUGACACGACUCUGCAUUGUGAUUUUCGAGGUGACCAAUAUGUCGCGGUCAAAGAAAUCGUCAAAUAACAAGGACAGCACUCUCAAGGACCCUUCCUACAACAAGAAUCCGCUUGCCUGGGUCAACACUACACUGUUCGAUUACAAGGACAUGCUGCGCACCGGUCGGCAGACGUUAUACACUUGGACGUAUGCAGACGACAUCCAGUCAGACGAAGUGUUCCAUCCGCUGGGCACCAUCGAACCCAACCCGCGCAAGGAGGAGUGUGCCCUUGUGGAACUGACAUUCCUCAGCGGCGGAACAGGAAGCGUGCGCUACCCCAGCGAGGAGGUAGUAUUGCAGUACGCUGCAGAUCGGGCACAGGCCAAUCGCCAGCAACAGCUGACAUUAGAGCCGGAAAAGCCGAUUAAAGAACUAAGAGACCUCGUGGCUAACUACGCGGGACUGGACAAAAUUUACGAAAUGGUUGAUCAGGACCGUAAUGCCAUUUGGGACCGCAAAAACGACAUCAUGCGCGAGCUUCCUGAAGAGCUACCCAUCCUGCUUCAUUGUGUCUAUUGGAAGGAUCGUGACGACGUAGCAGACAUAUGGUACCUUCUCAAUCAAUGGCCUCUAAUUUCUAUAGAACGCUCUUUGGAGCUUCUCGACUAUGCGUAUCCAGAUCCGGCCGUAAGACGUUUUGCUAUCCGGUGCUUACACUCUCUCAAGGACGAAGACCUGCUUCUUUAUCUUCUUCAGUUGGUUCAAGCGAUUAAGCACGAAUCGUACCUUGAAAGCGAUUUAGUAGUAUUUCUGCUGGAGCGUGCUCUGCGCAACCAACGCAUCGGCCACUACUUCUUCUGGCAUCUGCGCUCCGAGAUGCAGACGCCGUCUAUGCAGACACGGUUCGGUCUUCUUCUAGAAGUGUACCUCAAGGGCUGCAAACAUCACGUGGCGCCACUCCGCAAACAGCUGCAUGUGCUGGAGAAGCUGAAACAGGGAUCUCUGAUCGCCAAGAAGGGUAGCAAGGAGAAGGUAAAGGCCCUGCUGCAGGACUUUCUCCGGGACCAGCGCAACUUGGGCGUCUUUCAGAACAUUCAGAAUCCAUUGAAUCCCAGCUUCCGGUGCAGCGGCCUAACUCCAGAUAGGUGCAAGGUAAUGGACAGCAAGAUGCGACCACUAUGGGUAGUGUUCGAGAACGCGGACACGAAUUCCAACGAUGUUCACAUAAUUUUCAAGAACGGUGACGAUCUGCGACAGGACAUGCUUACGUUACAAAUGCUGCGAGUGAUGGACCAGCUGUGGAAACGCGAUGGUAUGGACUUCCGCAUGAACAUUUACAACUGCAUCAGCAUGGAGCAACGCCUCGGCAUGAUCGAGGUGGUACGGCACGCCGAAACCAUCGCGAACAUACAGAAAGAGAAGGGCAUGUUCUCGGCCACGUCGCCAUUCAAGAAGGGCUCUCUCCUCAGUUGGCUCAAGGAGCACAACAAGCCCCCUGACAAGCUAAACAAGGCUAUCAACGAGUUCACGCUAAGCUGUGCUGGCUACUGUGUUGCCACCUAUGUGCUCGGUGUGGCCGAUCGCCACUCAGACAAUAUAAUGGUGAAAAGAAAUGGACAGCUUUUUCACAUCGAUUUUGGCCACAUCCUAGGCCACUUUAAGGAAAAGUUUGGAGUGAGACGGGAACGAGUGCCCUUUGUGUUGACCCACGAUUUCGUAUAUGUGAUCAAUAAGGGCUUUAAUGACCGCGAGUCAAAAGAGUUUUGUCAUUUUCAGGAAUUGUGCGAACGCGCCUUUUUAGUUUUACGCAAACACGGAUGCCUUAUUUUAUCGCUGUUUUCAAUGAUGAUUUCAACGGGACUGCCAGAACUGUCCUCUGAAAAGGAUUUAAACUACCUACGUGAAACCUUAGUGCUGGACUACACGGAGGAGAAAGCACGCGAACAUUUUCGAGCGAAAUUUAGCGAAGCUUUGGCCAACUCCUGGAAGACAUCCCUUAACUGGGCAUCGCACAAUUUCUCCAAAAACAAUAAGCAGUAAACAAGACAAGUAGGACAAACAAAGUUUCAAAAACAUAUUUCAUCACCCAAACAAACAAACCCACUCUGCAAGUCCAAAAUGGGUCCACACGCGAACAUUUCCGAGCGAAAUUCAGCGAAGCUUUGGGCAACUCCUGGACGAUUUCCCUUGUCUGGGCAUCAUACAAUUUCACCAAAAACAAAAGCAGUAAUCAAGACAAUUACAUUAACAUCAAAAGAUUGGCAAAACGAUCGAUUCGUAAACAACUUUAAUCACACAAUCAAUUAAACCCGUUCACCAAGUCCAAGAUGGAUCAUCACGCAAACAUUUCCGAGCGAAAUUCAGCGAAGCUUUGGCCAAGUCCUGGAAGAUUUCCCUUAAUUAGCAUUAAACAAUUUCUCCAAAAGCAAACAAGCAGUAAACAAGACAAGUGCACAGACAUCAAAAGAUUGGCAACACGACCGUUUCGAAAGCAACUUUUAUUACCCAAACAAUCAAACCUAAUCACCAAGUCAAAAAUGGAUCCACAUUUCUUUUCAGCAUGCCUUUCUGAGCCUAUGCAAUAGGCAUAGUACAAUUUUGUAACCAAUUCAUAAAGUUCAAAACUAUGUGUUCACUAUGUUAGGCCGAAAUAAAGCCAAUCGACACGACCCCAACCCACUCACAAGCAUCCCCUUAACCCAUAGCUGAUAAUGCCGUUCCCACAAGUGCUCCAAUAUACUUUACUGUUAAUUUGUACAUUUACGUGUUUACCCAUUCUUGUAUUUCCUACCAUUAAUCGACCCUCAUUCAGUGACCCUUGGACCCUGGAAUUUGUUGUCUAUUAUUCAUUUGUUGUUUACACACCCCCCGCACAUGCACACUCUCGCAUGGAAGUGCAAAAAAUUGUAUCCUAUUAUGCUAUUAAGUUAAGAGACAUUAACUCAAUAAGUUUAAAUUUAACGAUUUUCUAUCCCUACAUAUUAUGAUUAAUUGUAUACCAUGAAUUGUUUGCUUCUGUACCAGCAAAAAAUCAACAUUUUCAUGUUUCCCGGUUUCAUUUUAUAAUGUUCUCUAAUAUUUGUAACGUAUUUUGUAAAUCGCUUGAUAACUACACUUAAAUGAAACAACUGAUAUAUUUAAACAAACGAAUGUAUACAAUUUAAUCGAAACAAAAAAAUAUAGAUACAUAAUGUGCUUCUACGAUUACGAUAGACUGCAUUCGUCUCAAUAA